AUGGUCGCUCUCAGCUCUGCAUAUCACGACUUUAGGCUGGCGGGAUCCGGCACAACUGUCAUCGGCCCGCCAACUAACAGCGAGCGCUACAUCAUCAGACAGUAUAACCUGUCGCUGAACAGGAUGGCCGAGGAGUUGAACGGGCUGCCCAUGAGGAAACGCUACGGAAUCAUCAUGAUAUGCUGCGUCUCAUUUUUCUACAUUGAGAUUCUGCGAGGGAACUGGCCGACUGCCAUGAUGCACCUCGCCAACGGCAUCCGGCUAAUGUCCAACCUCCCAGACGAGGUCGAGGACGUCUUCCGCCACCCAGAAAUAUUCAGCCACGAUCACGACAAUUCUCAUGCCAGGGCAACCUACAUGACGAAGUUGCUUCGCAGGUGGGAAGGAUCGGCGGCAUUCAUGAGGACCAAUUCACCACCGUCCUUGUCUCUCCAAGCCUAUGAGACAAGGAAGAGCAACGCUGCAGGGCCCAAGCAGUUUACAUCGUUGGAGAAGCUCCAAGAGGUUGUUGAUGACUUUUUCCAGGAUGUCAACGCCUUUACCUGGAUGUGCAGGCAGUACAAUGGUGAUGACACUGCUUGGGAUCAUGAGGCCGCUCGGUUCCAGUUCGACGUGCUUCACCAGAGAUGCUAUCAUAUCAGAGAGCUGCUGAAGAAGGCAAACAGCAUGUACGGGGACAUGGAACGGGCGCCGAACCCGCGCGACUUUCUGAAAUAUAUGGGCUGCCUGCUCAAACAUCGCGGCGCGUCGAUCGGUCUUAACUUCAUGCCUCUGCCCCAGGGUCUGGCAUAUACGCCCCCCGACGAAGAAGAGAGCCAGUUUAGGGAAGUGGCCUCUAUUGCAGAGAUGAUCAAGGAUGGCUUGAGGGCGACGUUGGUACCCGGACAGUCACCAUGGUUUAAUGUGGACUUUGGCGUCGUCACCACGCUAUAUAUCGCGGCAUCAAACUGCUACACGGUCUCGAUGAGCGAAAAGCUAUUCGACAUGAUGAAGAGCUGGCCGUGGCGGGAGGAUCUGUGGGACGGCCCACAACUGAGACGACAGUUGUACGAGCUCCGGAAACCCAUCGUUGAGGUCCCCGUCGCAACCACGCCUGAUGCGGAGACGCCCGUUCCUACAACGCCCCAUCUGAUGAAGCUCGCGCAUCGGCCACCAUCCCGAGCAGCAGCAGCAGCAACAUCAACACCAUCAACACCAGACUCGGACGAUUAA